GCGCUCCUGCAGCCGGCCGCUGGCUGCAUAAUUGAUGGAGGGCCGGACGCAGCUCUGGGUGUGCUGCUGGCGCGGUCAGAGUGUCUCAGGGGAGGAGGGCAGGGCGGCCGGCCCCUCACACUCCGCCUUUUCUCGAGUGUCCUGCCCCCGGGCCUGGCAGCGGGCGCCGGGCCGCCGGCGAGUGUGCGCAGCGACUCCGGGCACCGACGGCGGUGGGUGCGCGAGGACCGCGGCGGACCUGCUGGCGCCAUGCCCUCCCUCCCCAGUCUGCGGGGGCCCCGGGCGCCGCCCCUGCCGCUGCUCCUCCUGUGUCUCCUCGCCCCGGUACGCCGGAGCUCGGAGGACGGCCGUACCCCAGCUGCAUCUUUCACAAGCCUACCUGUCCGGGAAGAAAUGAUGGCAAAAUACUCUAACCUUUCCUUGGAGAGUCAUAACAUAUCACUGACUGAACAUUCCAAUAUGCCAGUCGAAAAAAAUAUCACUUUAGAAAGACCUUCUAAUAUAGAACUCACAUGCCAAUUCAUGACAUCUGGAGAUUUGAAUUCAGUAAAUGUGACUUGGAAAAAAGGUGAUGAACUACUUGAGAAUAACUAUCUCAUCAAUGCAACAGGAAGCAUCCUGUAUACCCAAUACAUGUUCACCAUCGUUAAUAGCGAACAAAUGGGAAGUUACUCUUGUUUCUUUGAGGAGAAAAAGGAACAAAGGGGCACAUUUAAUUUCAAAGUCCCUGAACUUCAUGAGAAAAAGAAACCGUUGAUCACUUAUGUAGGGGAUUCAGUUGUCUUGAUGUGUAAAUGUCAAGACUGUUUUCCUUUAAAUUGGACCUGGUACCGUAGUAAUGGGAGUGUACAGGUUCCUGUUGGUGUUCCAAUGAACAAUAAGUAUGUGAUCAAUGGAAAAAAUGCUAAUGAAACAAGGCUCAAGAUAAUGCAACUUUCAGAGGAAGAUCAGGGAUCUUACUGGUGCCAUGCAAUAUUCCAAUUAGGCGAGAGUGAAGAACACAUUGAACUUGUCGUGCUGAGUUAUUGGGUGCCUCUCAAAGCAUUUCUUGGAAUAGCUGUUGAGGUUGUUCUUUUAGUGGCUAUUAUUCUGCUUUUUGAAAUGUACACCCAAAAGAAAAAGAAGCACUCAGAUGAUGGGAAGGAAUUUGAACAAAUUGAACAGCUGAAAUCAGAUGAUAGCAAUGGUAUAGAAAAUAAUGCCCCCAGGCACAGAAAAAAUGAAUCUGUGGGCCAGUGAAUGAGAAACAUCAUGUCAAGAGUCACAGGAAGAUGUCAAAGAGUUUGGAUUUCAGCUUUGUUUCUGCUUCCUGUUAAGAACACGUGAAUUUUUAUUUUUAAAAGGAUGAAAAGUUUAUGCAAGAUGCUCAGCAGUAGCUUUGUAAAUAAUAUAUGCUAUUUCAGAUCUAAAGAUAUAUUUUCAUUCUAUUAUUAUUUUACAUUAAAGCAAGGUAAAUUGUAUUAAGUAUGUUCUAUGAGCUGUAACCCAGGACAAUUAAUUUCAUUCUAGUCCUCAAGUGACACACAGAACAGACACCAGCAAAACCAAAUACUACACAGAGCAAAUGUCACUCAAGACCUGUUUAUAACCAAAGAAUUCAUUAAAGACAAACCCUUUGCCAUUUGUCUUAAAAA